GGUAGCACGUUAAUGCACCACCACAGGCAGGGUUGGAGGUUCGGUCGGACUCGAGAGCCGAGGAGGGGGGUACUGUUGUUAUUCGUCAGGGCUUUUGUCCAGGAGAAAUGGCCGGGAUUAAAGCUCUCAUCAGCCUGUCCUUUGGAGGGGCUAUUGGCCUCAUGUUCCUCAUGCUAGGAUGUGCCCUCCCUGUGUACGACAAAUACUGGCCUUUGUUCCUCCUCUUCUUCUACAUCCUCUCUCCCAUCCCUUACUGCAUCUCGCGGAGGGUGGUCGACGACACAGACUCAGCCAGCAACGCCUGCAAAGAGCUGGCCAUCUUCCUCACGACGGGGAUCGUCAUUUCAGCCUUUGGCCUGCCCAUCGUCUUCGCAAGAGCUGAUGUAAUUGCCUGGGGGGCGUGUGCGCUCGUGCUAACGGGUAACGUAGUCAUCUUCGCGACCAUCCUGGGCUUCUUCGUGGUCUUUGGAUCCAACGACGACUUCAGUUGGCAGCAGUGGUAAAACAGCAGAGAGGGGGACCUUAGUCCUAACUGUUUUUAUUAGCGUUACAAUUAUCAUUAUUAUUAUUAUGGUAUUACUGUUUGGUUCUUGUUGUUGUUAUUUAUAUGAUGACCGCCCAUCCAUAGACUCACAACAAACCAGUGCAAUAUUUUACUUUUACUUUAUUUUGUACCGCCUGCAUCAUAUUGAACUGACACAAGUAGGAUGGAAAAUGCUGACUUGCAGUUGGAUUUGUUCUCAUUUUUAGUUCUGCUGUCUGACUCCUGUGUUUGCGAGUUUUCUCCAUUUGUGUGUCCAUUUUCAUUUUGAGCGUUAAGGUUAAUUAGCACUGGUGAACAACUGCUUAUGAUAUCUGUGAAAAUAUGUGGAAAAGAAUCCAACUGAAUGGUAAAUAAGACUUAAUCCGACCAAACUGGCAGGGUAGUGCCUGUCUGGGCUUCUUUCUCUAUUUAGUAGAAGUGUUCUUCUUCUUACCCAGAGCACAGAUGGGUGUACAUUUCAAGUCUGAGUGCUGAGCUGAGUGAAAAUCAGGAGAAAACCGAUGGAAAACCUGCACGACACAAGCUCAGAUUUCACCACUCGAGAUGAGAAAAGGCUCCAUUUGGCACGGGUCGUAUUGACUGAAACUGUGUCAAUUUUUAAUGUUUGUCACAGUAAAAUGUGAAGAUACAGCUCAUGCAAUGCAGAUUUUAUUUUCAUUAUUUCUCUGCUAACACAAUGCUACCAUUGCUAAGCUGCUAAAGUGAACAAAUCUAGAAGACGAGUGUGUUUGUGAUAGAGAACUGGGCUGUUACUGCCACCAACUCCUAUUACAUGUGUAAAUGAGUUGUCUUUCCAGCAGUAUAGUAUGUUCUUUCUUUCUGUCUGGGGACCAUCUUCACCGUUUUUAUGUCUGCAUUAAUAUACGUAAUUACACAAAGUAAGAUGAUUUUUAAGAGCAGCAGAAUGUGAGGAGAGGAUUCACUCAAACACUCUUACCAUCACUGCAGAGAUCAAACCAAACUGACUUGGUGAUUUCCCAGGUGCCAACUGGAUGCAGGCUGCUUAUUCACCAUGUUAUUUUGCACAUGAUAGCUCUUACCUCACUUUUGAGUAAGCCUCACCUUGUCAGGUCAAUAAAGCAUGAAAAGCCCAUAGUAGCUGCCAGCUAGUGUAGGAUUAGCUUAAAGACAGCAGCCUUGUUGGAAACACAGCCAGGCUAAGAACUGGGCUACUUAUAAUCAAGGCCCGGUCGGUCACUAACAGCCCUUAAGCUUUUAAACGUGACUCCUUCAAAAUAAAAGAAUCCAGAGUCUAUGCUCAGUGUUAAUGUCGUAUUCCUCUCUAGAAGCACAUUGGGUCCAGAUUUGGCACUGUCACAUUUCCUCACACCAGCAUGAUCAUCAUUUAAACGCCGUUAUGUAUUAUGAUUUGAAGUGUUUCUACAUUCUCUGGCUUGUGUGAAGGAAAUGUGUAUAUUGGUUUGUGUAAUCUGCUGGCAGCUUUGAGAUCAGCACAGCCUGCAGUCAGUCAGGUGCAGCUCUCCUGUCGGCUGUUUAACUGAAUUAGUGGCGGCUGAAUAAGGAACUUAGCAUCUGCUGGGGUUGUGGAUGGCUCAGUUUGAAUAUGUGCUCUCUGGAAGAUGAAAAAAUGAUUGAAAGAUGAACAUGAGUGAUUUGUAAUAGGAUUGAAGUACUAUAAUUGACUUGAAAGACAAGUUUCUUUAGUUGUUCUGUGUAGUAGGCCAGCCCAGAAGAUACUAAACCAUGCAUUUACAUCAAUCAAGAUUUCCAAUGAAACAUUUGCAUUGAGUUUAAGACCAGCUCGAAAGUGUUUGCUUAUAAUAUUGUAUAAUUUCCACUUCCAGAUUCCUUUUUUUCUGAUUUUAAACCACAUGAACAGUAAAUGAAACUUCAUUAAAGGAAUACUUCAACAUUUUAGAGUUAGAUGAAGAAAGUUGAUAGCACUCUUAAAUGUGUGUGUUCACGGCGCUGGAGCCAAGAUGUAAUUAGCUUAGCUUAGCAUAAAGACUUGAAACAGGGGGAGACAGCUAGUUCAAAAAUAUGCCCAACAACACCUCCGAUCAUGUUUGUUUAAUCCAUCCGCACACACAACAUUUGUGCAUCGAUUAAGCAAACGAAACAACACGCUAAUGUGUAAACCUAAGAGAUGUUGUCUGUCUUUUUUUAACUUUGGAGUCGGUCAGGAUAGCUGUUUACUCCUGCUUCCUGUCUUUAUACUAAGCUAAUCACCUCUUGGCUCUAGCAAUACACUUGAAGCACAAACAUGAAAAUGUCUUAUAACUCCUGGGAUGGAACCAUAUGAGCAAAAAAUGUUCAACUAUUUCUUUAAAGUGAACUGUAACAAGUGGUCCGCUCAGUCUGAGUUGCAUUAACAGCUAAUGAACGUGAAGUGAAACUCUGACAUCAACCACAAUUCCUGUAGUAUUUCCUUCAUAAAUGAAAAACUCUAUGGGAAGAUGGAAGCAUUGGAAAUCUGCCUCAGGCCUCGUGGCUACAAACACUAGCUGACAUCUGGGUACUGCACGUUGCUUCUCACUCUCUAGCUCUAAUAUUUUUGAACGUUCUUGUCUGUUACGUGACUCUUCCAGAGAUCACAACCUCAGUGAAGGCAUUGAUUGUAUUAAAAGCACCAUAACAAUGGCAGCUUUUUUAGCUACAGUUAAACAUGUAUUUAACUAAGUUACUGAAUAUUGAAAACUACUGACAUGAUUUGUGCAUUUUUUUCUGUAACACCACUUUGAAUCGAAUUGAUCAUGUUCGUAACAGUAGAUUUACCCACUGGUGGUGGCCAGUCAAUGGUCGGACAAGCAGGGUAACUCCAUAGUGUUCCUGAGGUGUGAACAUGUGUGUGACACUGUAUGCAUUUUAAGCUCAAUUUGUCAAAUGUUCUCUGACUUCCUGUUUUGUAGCCUGAUUGACAGGAUCUGGUGUAUAGACUGGUUACUGCGUUAAGCUUUGUCUGGGAGAAUAUUGUAUUUAUUUAUUUCACUGGACGCUUCAUGUCAAUGUCCAACGCUAUUUUUUAUCUACAACUUUUGUGUUCAAGAGGCAGAAGUCAGCAUGGUGGUUUUCUUUUUUUUAAUAAACGCCAUUUUUGAACAUCC